CUGGCGCAAGCACAGAGCGCGCGCGCCACCUUCUGGACAGUGUCGAGCUUCUUCGUCGAGACCUUGACGGUCGAGAAGCUGGUCGACUCGUGCACCACGUCGUGUAGGUCGUACACGUACACGACGACCAUGGAGGUCGCCGACACGGCAAAGCCGACGGCGUCGCCCCUCUCCACGUCCGCCUACACAUACUUGUCAUCGGACGUGACGGUAGUGUACGUGUACCUGCCGGCGGGCUCGGUGCCCGAGAGGGACCUCGUCACGACGUCGACCUACUCGCCGACGCCGUCCAACGUCUACAUCAAUUAUGCCGUCGAGUUCACCAUGACGGCGCCAAUCUCGUGCCCGACGGCUUUCACCGUCGUCACCAACACCGCAGUGUACAUCCCGUACAUGGUCACCAAGGACAUCAAGCCCACGUCGACCGCCACGUCCGUCUACACGUCGUAUAACGGCGGCCUGUACACGUAUCUCACCGAGUUCGUCGCACCCAGUGCCGUGCCCCAGUCCGUGGGCGACCCGACCUCGAACUACUACUACUCGUACUACGUCAAGAGCUGCCGCAACCCCACCGCGACUGGCGCUGCGUACUAUGGGCCUGGCUACUCGGACGGAAGCGGAAGCAGCAGCAACAGUGGUGGCGGCGGCGACAGCGGCCUCAGAAGCGGCGGCGAUGACGAUGACGACGAGGACUGGAGGGUUUGCUCGCUGUUGACGGGGUGCACGGGCCUGAAGACGUGGAUCAUCGUCGUCGCUUCGGUGAUCCCGGGCAUCUUUGUGCUGGGCUUCCUCGAGUCGUGGCUGUGGUUCCGGCAGCUGAUGCUAGGAAAGACGGCGCUUCGCUUCGGCACCAUCUGCUGGUGCUUCCUUUCGCUGUGGGUCAUCUGCUUCACGCGGCGCUCGCCGGCGCGGACUGUCGAGGACCAAGCAGUGCUCAAGCAGCAGUGGGCCACCAUCUCGGGCGGGAAGCGCAUCAAGCUGUGGUUCAAAUGGGGCUUUCGGCACCGAUAUCCUGUCGAACUGCUCGGCCCCGAUCCC